CCUUGAGGCUCACCCACCUGGCCUCCCACGUCCCUCCUGGGAGCUGGGGUCGCAGCCCGGCACCCCCAGCCUCAACCCUUGGCCGCCGAGAUGCUGCGGCAGUGGUCGGUGCAGUCGGGACAGGCCCCCGGGGGGCCGGAACCUGAGCCGGCCGCCGAGGAGCUGUGGGAGUCGGAGAUGGAGCGGCUGUGCGCGUCCCGCGCGCCCGUGCGCACGCUGCCCUACGCCAUGGCCGACAAGCGCUUCAUCCGGCAGCUGCGGGAGCCCGAGGGGGUGAAGACCUCAUGCUGGCAGUCGUGGCAACGCAAGCGGCGGAUGGCAGGACGGCGCCUGGGGGAGGCAGCGCAGCGGCUGGCCCGGGGCUUUGGGCUCUGGGAGGGGUCUCUCUACGAGAUUGGGGGCCUCUUUGGCACUGGAAUCCAGUCCUACUUCACCUUCCUUCGCUUCCUGCUGCUGCUCAACCUGCUGACGGUGCUGGUCACGGCCAGCUUCGUGCUGCUGCCCCUGGCCUGGCUCCACCCCCGUGACCCAGGCCCCUCCAUGAACUUGACCCUCCAGUGCCCCAGCAGCCACCAGCCCCAAACUGGUGUCCCGAAGUUCCACAAUCAACUUUGGAAUGUUUUAACUGGCAGGGCCUUCAGCAACACCUAUCUCUUCUAUGGCGCCUACCGGGUGGGGCCCGAGAGCAGCUCGGCCUACAGCAUCCGCCUGGCCUACCUCCUCAGCCCGCUGGCCUGCCUGCUGCUCUGCCUCUGUGGGACCCUGCGGCGGAUGGUGAAGGGGCUGCCGCAGAAGCCACUCCUGGAUCGGGACUACAGGGUGCCUGUCAGCGCCAAGGUCUUCUCCUCCUGGGACUUCUGCAUCCAGGUGCAGGAAGCGGCCACCAUCAAGAAGCAUGCGAUCAGCAAUGAGUUCAAGGUGGAGCUGGAGGAGAGCCAUCGCUUCCAGCUGGUGCAGCAGCAGUCCCCGGCCCAGAGGGCCUGCCACCUGCUCAGCUACCUGCGGGUCAACGUCCUCAUUGGGCUGCUGGUGGUUGGGGCCAUCAGUGCCAUCUUCUGGGCCACCAAGUACUCACAGGACAACAAGGAGGAGUCCCUGUUUGUGCUGUUCCAGUACCUGCCCCCUGGCGUCAUCGCCCUGGUCAACUUUCUGGGUCCCCUGUUGUUUGUGUUCUUGGUCCAGCUGGAGAAUUAUCCUCCUAACACCGAGGUCAACCUCAUCCUUAUCUGGUGCGUGGUGCUGAAGUUGGCCAGCCUGGGCAUGUUCUCCUUCUCGCUGGGUCAGACCAUGCUGUGCAUCGGCAGAAACAAGACCAGCUGUGAGCCCUACGGCUACAACGCCUGUGACUACCAGUGCUGGGAGAACUCGGUGGGGCAGGAACUAUACAAGCUGAGCACCUUCAACUUCCUCCUCACUGUGGCCUUCGCCUUCCUGGUCAGCCUGCCUCGGAGGCUGCUGGUGGAGAGGUUCUCAGGUCGCUUCUGGACCUGGCUGGACCGGGAGGAGUUCCUGGUGCCCAAGAACGUGCUGGACAUCGUGGCAGGGCAGACAGUCACCUGGAUGGGCCUCUUCUACUGCCCCCUGCUGCCCUUGCUGAACAGCAUCUUCAUCUUCCUCACCUUCUACAUCAAGAAGUACACCCUCCUGAGGAACUCCAGGGCGUCUCAGCGGCUCUUCCGGGCCUCCAGCUCCACCUUCUUCUUCCAGCUGGUGCUGCUCCUGGGCCUGCUCCUGGCCGUGGUGCCCCUGGGCUUCGUGGUCACCAGCAUCCACUCCUCCUGGGACUGCGGCCUCUUCACCAACUACUCGGCCCCCUUGCAGGUGGUCCCAGAGCUGGUGGCCCUCCGGCUCCCACCCCCUGGCCAGCGUGCCCUCCACUACCUCAGUUCCCACGCCUUCAGCUUUCCUGUCCUCGUCACGCUCAGCCUCGCCCUGACCGUGUGCGUCUCCCAGUCCCGGGCCAACGCGAGGGCCAUCCGCGGGCUCCGGAAGCAGCUGCUGUGGCAGGUCCAGGAGAAGUGGCACCUGGUAGAGGACUUGUCGCGGCUGCUGCCGGAGCUGGACCCGGGCGAAUAUCCGUGCCCCGAGUCCCCUCACUCCCGAGCCUCGCACCGGCGGCCCUUCUGCCCCGGAUUCCCGUGCCCGGGCUCCCCGGGCCCCAGGUCCCUCGGGCCGGGACCCUCCCUCGCGGAUCCCGGGCUGCGCUCUCCGGGCCCUGGUCGCGGUCCUCCGAAGCCCGCCCGCAGGUUCCGCCUCCCCAGCGGCACGGAGCUGCAACACCCUAACCCUGCCUACCCCUAACCCUGCCUAAGCCUAACCCUGCCUAACCCUAACCCUUCCUAACCCUAACCCUGCCUCUGCCCACAGCCUCCCGGGGGCCUGACCUGCAGCCCCUCACUCCACCUCCCAGUCCUCUUUACCCCACACUCCCAGCCCGUGGUGACCACCCUCCCUCUCAGUGGCUCCUGGGCCUCUGGCAGGGGUCCCCAAAGAAGGACACACACCUCCAAGGGCAGCAGGAAGAACAUAUGGGAAUUUCUAUCUAUAUUUUUAUCUCAUCCCUUUACAAUGUCUGUUUUUUGUUGAAUGUUUUAUAGUGUACAUAAUAUAUUAGUAUCCUAGCCUAUGAAAGCAAUUCAUAAAUGUACAUCUAUUGGAAGUGCUCAGAAAUUGUUUACUGAUGGGAGUGCUGUUAGGAGGGCUUGCUCUGUGUUCUAGCUGAGUACCACCCACCAAGUCCCCUCCUGUCACUGGGCCAGCUCUGCCCCUUGCUGAUGCUGUGGCCUUAACCUUUGUGGCCCUCAGCUGUUUGAGUGAAUGAGAGGGUGUUGGGUCAACCUCUCCCAGGGAUUCCUCACCCUCCGGCAUCUAAACCCAGCAGCCACAUCAACAAAGCUGCCUCGGGAAACCAGAACAGAGCCCGUGGCCAUGCCUUCUGCAGAACCCUGUUCUCCCAGCCUGCUUCACGUCCCCCUGGUUGAGUCAACCUUGAGGAACUGUGGGGUGAAGGUGCCCUGCCAGGGCCUCAGUGGCACGUACGGGCCUGCAUUGUGAGGAACACACAGAGUACAGGCUGCAGGAGGUGUUCCAGGGAGGUGGCACAGCCAUCAGGGACACACAGGCAGAGCUGGGAUGCCGCCCAGAGCUAGGAUUCUUGAGGCUGUUCAGGACUCUUUUUCCAAGCCUUGGAGAACACCUGAGAAGCUGUCAGAAGCUGGCCCCAGGCCAGAGACUCUGAUGUGACUGGUCUGGGUACAGCCAGCAGCCAAGGUAUCGGGACUUUUUAAAGCUCCCAGGUGACUCUCACAGGCAGCUGGGGUUGAGAACUGCCAGGAGGGAAGAUCAGAAAUCCUAGGAUGUGCUCCACCAGGGGACCAGCUCCUGGCAGGAUUCCUGGCCUGGACUCUGCAUCCGGCAGCUCUGGCCUGACGCCCUUGCGGCCGGGCGCUUCUUUGUGUGGUCAUUAAAGACUUGGUCAGUCCUGCC